CCCCGCCUUUUCAAAGUGAGAAAUGACUUUUUUCGUCCAUACAGUCAGUCGCUCCCAUCGUCAGCCACCAAACCUUAUUGCAAAAUACUGAAUAUUUCCAACCUGCUACGAAUUUGAGCCACACUGGCUCUGCAUCCUUUCUGGACAUGAUGGAGAUUUAAAGACUAGGAUUUUUUCUUCUUUUUCUGCGCUGCUGUGACACUUGAGCGCAUCAUGCAGCAUUUGAGAACAUGGAGAGUUGUGCUGCUGCUCACCAUGAUCUUUCACCCGGGGAUGUCAGACAGAUACGGUUGCCUGUUUGAGAGGAAACUGUGCUCCAGGGACCAGUUUUGCUCAGAUGAUGGACUAUUUGGUCAGUGCCGUAGUUCGAAGCAGGACCGGGUCCAGUACCAGGUGACAGUUCCUGUGCUGAAGAGAAUGCAGGAAGUCCUCAAACAGCUCAUGCUACAAGGUCUUUCCUGGCAGGACGACAUCACCCAGUAUAUUUUAUCAAAGGAACUGAAGAGAGUUCCUCACGUCACCCAGUCAGCCAAACCAAACUCUUCUUCACAAUUAUCUCUAUCCAAACAGCAGGUCCCCCAUCACCACAGCUCCAAGUCAGGAUCCGUACCACCUGCGGGCAACUACAUGGACUACAUGAUUGUUGAGCCUCCUCGGUCACCACUUCAAAUGCAAGCAGCCUCCAUAGAUCCAUACACGUACCACCAGCACAGACACCAAGAUGAAGCAGAGAGAUCCAUCAUUGGGGGUGGCUAUGCUCGCACCCCUUCAUGGUCGCCGGCCAAUCAGAGAGGGCGAGAGCGAGACAGUCAAUUGCUUCAAGAGGCUUUGUCCCUCUAUUUGGCUUCUGCACCGCCCUCUUACCGUCAUCGCGGAGCCACCUCCGUGGGUUCUGCAGUAUCCUCAGGUCUGCCUUACUAUGAUGACCUGCAACUGGAGGUACCAGUAGACUAUGUUGAAGAUUACACCCUAGAGGAGAGACUGGGUACUAUGAACCAACAACAGCCGCUCCAAAAUAAGAAGGUUUCCCAGGGCUCCAGUGCUCAGUCUGGAAGCAGUGAUGGCUUGCUGCAGAGGAUGUCAGGCGUCCUACAGAAAUACGGAGUCGACCCCAAAGAGCUCAGUCAAGAGCAACUCUACAAACUAGCCCUCAUACUGCAGCUACUGCAGACUCAAGACAACACACAAGAUCCAAAUGAGAAGGACCUCACACUCCAGGAGAUGCAGCUCUUAAAAACAGACAGCAUGCCCAGGAAGCUAGAGAGGCCUGCUUCUGCCAAUGCCCCUCAAUCCCACAGACCUUCAGCCACAACUACACCGUCUACGAAGAUUACAGAGCCCCUGCCAUCUGUCCCUCAGUCCCCAUUGGUUUCUCCUGAAGAGGGAGCCAUCAUGGAGAAGCAGGGACCACCACCACUUGAUGACACAGGAGCCAAGGAGGAGUAUGGCUACAUAGUCACAAACCAGAGUCUUCUGAGUUUGUAUGAUGGAGUGAAGUUGUUGGAGCUACUAGCUGAGAGGAUACACUUGGCAACCAGCAGCUUUAUCAAUAUAAGCGUGGUCGGACCUGCGCUGACGUUCCGUAUCCGCCAGAAUGAACACAACAUGACUGCUGCAGAGGUGGCAGCUAAAGCCGUAUCGGAGAAGAACUUCCUGGAGUCAGAGACAAGCCUGAAGAUUGUACAGAGUGGUGUGGGAGAGAGGACAAAUGCACAGGGUCUCCCUCAGGUAACCAGGGUUUCCCAGGGCUCCAGUGGGACGGUCAUCACACUGGUUUCCAUGGCAGUGGUGGGAGGAGUGUUGAUACUGGCUGUGGCCGUCGCUUGCCUUAGGCACUACGGUCACCAAGUGGCCAAUGGCAAACUCGGUCUGGGGCCAGAGGGAGGAGCCGAAACACACUUUGAUUAUCAGGAGCUAUGUCGGCAGCACAUGGCGUCCAAAUCCUCUCUGUGCCGCCAGGAAUGUGUGGGUGGCGGGAGCAGCGCAAUGGCAGGCUCCGCGGGCGGCACCGGUGCCGGCGGUCGUCGAGGAACGGACACGUCCCGUGUGAGCAGUGUUUCCUCCCAGUUCAGUGACGGCCCUCAGCACAGCCCCUCCUCGACCCAUAGCUCGACUCCAUCCUGGAGUGAGGAGCCUGCCCAGUCAAAUAUGGACAUCUCCACCGGUCACGUGAUUUUGGCCUAUAUGGAGGACCACCUUCGUAAUAAGGACCGCCUUCAGAAAGAGUGGGAAGCUUUGUGUUCCUACCAGGCUGACCCCAGUUCAGUGGCUGUCGCGCAAACUCCCAGCAACAUGGACAAAAACAGACAAGCUGAGUCGCUCCCAUGUCAGUUCAUCCACAUUGCUUUUUCCACCAAAACUACGACUAACACUCAUAUAUGUCUUUUCUUAACAAUUCUCACUAUCAUUCCAGAUGAUCACUCACGUGUGAAGCUGAAAAGGGAACAAAACCCCAGAAAACAAGAUUACAUCAACGCCAGCUUCAUUUCUGAUCACGACCCUCGGCAGCCCGCUUAUAUUGCCACUCAGGGACCUCUGACUCACACUGUGGCAGAUUUUUGGCAGAUGGUUUGGGAGAACGGCUGCACUGUGAUAGUGAUGAUGUCCGCUCUAGUAGAGGAUGGACAGAAACAAAGUGAGCGGUACUGGCCUGAUGAAGGUUCAUCGCUGUACCACAUCUAUGAGGUAAACCUGGUGUCAGAGCAUAUCUGGUGCAAGGACUUCCUGGUGCGUAGCUUCUACCUGAAGAACGUUCAGACACAAGAGACAAGAACCUUAACACAGUUUCACCUGCUGAGUUGGCCGGCUGAUGGCAUCCCUACCUCGACACGACCCCUGCUUGACUUCCGCAGGAAGGUGAAUAAAUGCUACAGAGGUCGCUCCUGUCCGAUUAUUGUUCACUGCAGUGAUGGCACUGGCAGGACUGGCACGUACAUCCUCAUCGAUAUGGUGCUGAAUCGCAUGGCCAAAGGCGUCAAGGAGAUUGACAUUGCUGCCACACUGGAGCACAUUCGAGACCAGAGACCCGGGCUUGUCCGCACCAAGGACCAGUUUGAGUUUGCACUGACAGCCGUAGCUGAGGAGGUGAAUGCUAUCUUGAAAGCUUUGCCACAGUGAACUGCAGCAACGAAGGACACGUGCAAACCACCCCAAAAUAUUGUAAGACGCCCACCUCCUCCAGACGUCUCCCUUCAAUGAAGUUCAGAAGAACUUCACUGCAUUUCACUGUAUUUUAGCAUUUACUUGACUGAAUUUUUCAAAAACUUGUAAUGUAAAUGGUAAAUGUUCAGCCCUGUGAAUACAUUGUCAAAUUGUAAGACAAAAGUAUAAAACAUACACAGUGCCUGUGUGAAUUUUGCUGUACCGGAAAACUGUACGCUACUGUCUUGUUUGUGUCAGUUUUGAGCUGAAGUUUUAAGGAGAGGCUUGACUUUGCCUUCACUCUGAUUGUGUCCGUCCAUGUUUCAUCAGAUGAUGUACUUUUAAACAGCGACACGUGCACAUCAUUGUUUUCUCCAUUGAAUUGCAUGGCUUUGAAUCGAUGGUAACUGGAGCGUUCAGUUUGUCUAAGAAGUUAGUUUUGCCUCCGUGCUCACAAACUACAUAGAACAGCGCUAGUCAGCGCUAUCUUGAGCCAUCCUAUCAAGUGAAAAACUCAAGACUAGAUAGGACAGCUCCAAUCUGAGAGGUUGGUGCAGGAUCCCAAGUAAUAAUUCCAAUACUUCAGAUCCUGAACCAGCAUCACAGACUACCUGUCCUAUCUUGUCAAAGACUGAAAGACUAGAUAGGACAGCUUCAGUGUUGGUACAGGAUCUGAAGGAUUGGAAGUGUUACUUGGGACCCUGCACCAAUCUCUCAGACUAGAGCUUUCCUAUCUAGUCUCGAGUUUUUCACGAGAUAGGACAGCUUAAUAUAUCUCACACUACAGCACCAACUUCUCAUACUAGCUGUCCUAUCUAGUCAAAGACUUGAAAGACUAGGGCAGCUGUAGUCUGAGAGGUUGGUGCAGGAUCCAAAGUAAUAACUACUUUCAACUGUCCUAUCUAGUCUUUGAGAAUGAACUGAUGAAGCCUACUUUGGGUCCUGCAUCAACCUCUCAGACUACAGUAGAGCAGUUCUGGUCCUAUCAAGUCAAAGAUAGGGCAGCUCUAGUCUGAGAGGUUGAUGCACCUUUAGAGUCACAGACUAGGACAGCUCUAGUGUGAGGGGUUGGUGCAGGAUCCAAAGUAUUCCUAUCUAGUCAGACUUGAGCUGUCCUAGCUAGUCUUUGCAUAUCAACUGUUGAAGCCUACUCUGGUGAGAGUCGGAAACGUCCGAACCGGAACAGUCCAGUUGUGAUCGAUUCAAUGCCCUGGAUGAAUGAGAAUAUUCAAAGGCAUCUGCUUUCUGCAGAUCACCCUCAAGUUUCUGUUGUUCGGUUUCUGUGCAGCAGUGUGAUUAAUGUAAAUACAGUACUUCCCUGAGAUGAUUGUAUUUAUUCCAUGUAGCAGAAAGAUAAAAUAUCUAUAAAAAAUGUAUUUUUGACUUGAUGAAUAAAUGUGAUGUGA